UUGGAGAAAAGAAAAAAAAAAAAAAAAGAUACCACAAAAGUGAAGAACAAUAGAACACCAAAACACACAAACAGGGUCUAGUUUGAGUAGAAAUAAUGGAAGUGGCUAUGGAAGUAGAAGAUGAUUCAUUUUUUGCAGACUUAAGCAAGCAAAUCUCUCUUUUAAUCAUGGAUGACGACGAGGAAGACCCGGUUGCAAAUUGUCCUUCAGUUUCUCUCCAGAAUUUUUCUCCAGCAAUCCAACCACCUACACAAUUACCUCAAUUUCUUUAUCAUGAACAAACUUGCAAAAGAGAGAGCAAAGGAACUGGAGUUUUCAUCCCCCAAUUGUCACAGCCCAGAAGGAAGCACAGGCAAGGAAGACUUGCUUCUUACAACACAAAAUCCCAGAGACAGCCUGAUAAUACUAGGAUGGUUUCCCAAGUGUCUUCAAAGUAUUCUUUUAAGCCAAAAAAAGUUUGAGGACAGACAGACCAUCAUGAAGUGUAGGAUUUAGAUUCAAUAAUCUCUACUAAUGAAUUAUUCUUUGCCUAAAAUGUGCUAAGGCAAGGAUCUUGUGAUUUUUAAGGUUUAUAUAUAUAUAUAUGGUGAUCAUGUACAUGGAAAAGCUAUAUAUGUAUAUAUACUUUGUUCCUUAGUGUGUCAUACAGAGGCUCACCACUCCCAACUGUGGACAAUGGACAUGUAUGGUGGUUAAUUAUUGAGCUUGAUAGAGAAUAAGCUUCUGUAUUGCUCAUUUAAGACUAUUGAUCAAUUUAAUUUAUUUAGUGUUCGUGUAUUA